CAGCCGCAACAACCCAAAUAUUUCUGGAUCUUUAUUCUGUAUUGUCAUUGAUUCUGGACGUUAGUGUCCCUCUCCUUCUCCUUCCAUCCUGUAUCCUCUACAGUCUACUUUGUUCUCUUCUGUUUUCUCAGUUGUUUUAUUCCUUCUCAUCGCCUAAAUCCUCCUCCGACAAUGCCUCGCUCCAAACAAAAGUCCCAAACAACCCUGCCUCCUCUCCCUCCCUCCGCCGCCGCUCCUUCGACAUUCACCGACUCCCUCCCGCUUCCCACCCUCAUCGUGUUCGACCUGGACUACACCUUGUGGCCGUUCUGGGUGGACACCCAUGUCUCUGCUCCCGUCAAACCAGCCAACCCCCACCCUCAACACAACACCCGCAUGCUCGACCGAUGGGGCGAAUCUUUUUCCUUUUACAAUGACGUUCCGUCAAUCCUGGCGGCCGGCAGAGACCGUGGCAUCACCUUGUCGUUGGCAAGUCGAACCCACGCUCCAGAUUUGGCCAUGGACAUGUUACGUGGUCUUCACGUUCCCUCCUCGACCACCACUACCACUGAUAUGUCCGGUAAUGACUCGACGAGAAAACUCCAAUCUACAAAACCACUUCGAGCCAUAGACUUUUUUACACAUUCCCAAAUUUACCCUGGAAGCAAGACCACACAUUUUCGUCGAAUACAAACCGCGACCGGUAAACAGAGCGGCGGGAGUAACGCCGUCCCUUACCAAGACAUGCUCUUUUUCGACGACGAAUCUCGAAAUCGAAACGUCGAGACAGAACUGGGAGUGACUUUUUGGUUGGUAAGGGACGGAGUGACAAAGGAAGAAGUAGACGCCGGCGUUUGGGAGUGGAGAAGGAGGAGAGGAAUAACCAAAAAGGACCUCCUGAAUCAGCAGGAUGUCGAAGAAGGAGAAGAAGGCGUUGUAUAGUAAAGUCACAGCUUUAACGAUUCGCAAGGUUUCUUCUGGGAUACGGAAGGAAAUACCAGACACACUAGACAGCAUUGGCAAAGAAUGAAGAAAUUC